AUGGUGCUGAACUUGAGGCGGGUUUAUGCCACCAGUAGUGGCGGUGAGGCUAAGUACAAUGGCACACCACCACAAGAGCUAAAGACUCCACUAAUGAUUCUUACGCUUGAGCGCAAUAUUGAUUGUUGCCUUGCAAACGAGAACUUGUGUGAGAACAUCAGGCGUACGCUAGCUGGCGCGUUUAACCUUUCUGUCGCUGGCGAUCAAGCAAUUAGUGAACUAAGAACAAUGACUUCAGUUGUGCAAUCACGACGAGCUCGUCAGCAACGGUCUCGUACGACACUCAAAUCGUCACGGAGUGCAAAGGGCAGACUUGAGACGGAAAUAAGAGAGCUUAGAGCUGAGUAUGCAAGAAUGAAGAGCGUGUCAAUCGCAAAUAAAAAGCGACAGUUACAAACUUAUCAGCCUGCACAUGAUCAGUUGCAGCUUGUGUAG